GGUCAGUAUGUCGUACAUAUAAGAGGGCCGGAUAUCGUGCACUAGUCGUUCAGUUGACAUACGAGUGCUCAUUAGACAAGUUGUUGUCAAAUUAAUUUACUCGAUAUCUAUUUAAAAAUUAUUAUUAUUCAACACUAUUUGAAAUAAUGGCCCGUUUAUUGCUGGCGAGUCUAGUAUUGUUGGCAUUGCUUGUGGUCACUCUCAUUGAUGUGACGGCCGGACACCACAGGCACCACCACCGCUCACCACAGCUACUACUCGGCCGUAUAUCACCCCUAUUGGCCACCUAUGAGGGCCAACUGGGCCGGUACCGACACCACCAUCAUCACCGGCACCGGUACCACAGCUUACAGCACGAGCUACACCGCGUGCGCCAAUUAGAGACGGAACUAUUUGAGAUGGAACGCUCCGGGGCUGCCUAUUUGGAGCCUGAUUAUUUUUUCGAUGUCGAACGUCGACUUAUGCGCCACGAGGCCAGGUUGGCCGAGAUAUUGGAGUAGUUGGUCAUCCUAUUUGAGUUGAGCCCUCUCACUGCCAUUUACACUAAUUUGCUCCCAUUUGACCACUCAUGACAUAAUUUUGCGAUUAUUUUUAUAAAUCAUUCAUUUCUGAUAUUUAUAUUGUAUUUGUUUUUAUAACAUUUUUAUGUGAUUUUUAUUAUUA